GCCACUCUAUGAGGUCAACCUAGAAGAUUUUUACUUUUUAAAAAAUAUAACAAAGCUGAUCUGAAAUAUACAGAUGUUUUCUGGAAUCCGUUAAGCCAAAUAACAGGACUCUGUAGUGAAUCUUUCAGCGCUGGGGAUUUCAACUGUAUCACUGGACUGAAAAGAAGUCACAAUAUGCAAGAGGAAGAGCCAUUUCAUUGGAUGGAGAAGUUCAUAGAAGCCAUAAUGUUUCCUCCAGCACAUAUCAUAUCACACUUUGGAACCAGUUGUUAAAUACUAUGACAUGUCUCUAGCAAUCAGAAAAAGGAGCUGGGAAGAACAUGUAACCCAAUGGAUGGGCUUGCAUUUUGGGUCUCUUGAUUCUAAUAUAUUAUGCAGGCAUGGCUUAGUAGCUGACAACUUUCAAGCAGGCAUGGAAAAGAAUGAACUUUGGUGUGAAAACCUGAAAGAAAGAAGUGCUUCCUUGCCAGAUUGCUGUCAUGUUGGAGAGCUGGUAGCCCUCCCCUCGAAGCUUUUCAGUAAUGUUUCCAAAGAAUUAGAUGAAAAUGAAAAUCAUCAACAACAAGAAGAAGAAUUUCUCUCUCUGGAAGCCAGUAUGGAAACUUUAGUCAAUGUUUCUUUUGGAAGUGAUGAUGGCAGUGGUGGCAGCAAGAACACGGAGCUCACAUUGGAGACAAUCAACUGUCAGUUUAUGCCUGUGGAAGAUAAAUUGUUAGCUGAAAAUAACAGUUACGAGGAAUCUUCGGUGAAUAUCAACCCAAGAAUAGAAGCAAAGAAAGAAUGUAAUCAUACUACUGAACGAACUGAGAAAAUGAACAAAUCUAAUUAUGAGAAAUCAUUGAAAGAAGAUAGCAGAAAAGAAGUUCUCAGACUUGGCUACCACAAUUCCAAUGAAAGUGAAGAUGCCCCAAAAGAAAAAAAUUGUGACCCUUUUGUGGAAAAAAGUAUGUCUGAGGAGCAGAUAAUACAUGGAGUCACAGUUGUGCAACAGCAUGAAGAAUUAGAUGUUCUUCAUGAGAAGAAUGACUGCACUUUAUUCCAUGAUGAACAUACCCCUUUUCAGCAUAGUGGUAAUGAUGCAACUACAGGAGAUUCCAAUAAUUCUUUUGUGCUAUCACCUGGUUCUCACAUCCAGUCAGAGGAUAAUAAUGUGGAUGCACAUGACAUUACAGAUUCUCAGAAUGAAUGCAUUCUAAAUGUGCCCUUGGUGGAAGAAGUAUCUGAUUUAAAGAAUAAAAUGGUCACACACCAACCUACAGACUGUCAAGUCAUCCUGCGCAAAAAGAAGGAAGCGAGAGACCAAGAUCAGUCACGAUUGGACUCCAUGGUACUACUUAUUCUGAAACUGGAUCAGCUGGACCAGGAUAUUGAGAACGCUCUCAGUGUAAGCUCUUCGCCUUCCAACACAUUGACACACCCACAGAAGCCCAUCCCUGAUUUGGAGUCACAUCCUGGAGGUACAGUAGGCAUCAUCACUUUGAAUAACCAGCAAACAAGCAUAUCAUCACCACCACCUCCUCUACCUCCUACUCCCUAUGGUGCAGAUAAAGCAUUUCCCAUUGCAAUGGCUGGUUCUGGAGCAAAACCAAAGGCUGGGGCUAUGCCAGUUAUUUCAGAAAAGGCGAAGGCUGAGAUUGAAGCUAAGGAAGCAUGUGAUUGGCUGCAAGCAGCAGGAUUCCCUCAGUAUGUUCAACUUUAUGAGGAUCUUAUCUUUCCCAUUGACAUCACUUCAGUGAAGAGAGAACAUGAUUUUCUGGACAGAGAUGCCAUAGAAGCCUUGUGCAGGCGUUUAAAUACUUUAAACAAGUGUGCAAUGAUGAAACUAGAAAUCAGCCCACAUAGGAAACGGAGUGAAGAUUCAGAUGAAGAUGAGCCCUGUGCAAUCAGUGGAAAGUGGAUGUUCCAGAGGGACAGCAAGAGGUGGUCCAGACUGGAAGAAUUCAACAUUUUCCCUCCAAAGCGCGAUAUGAAUUCCACAUCCCCAGAAGUGGCUCAUCUGAACAGUGCAACCAGUCAUGAGAGCAUGUUGAUGGAGCAGAGUGAACACCAUGGGGUAGCUUCCAUUCACAGUAUGAGCAGCAACAACAGCCACCCAGCUACCUCCCAAAACGAUACAGCCACCACUAGGACAGGCUCGGUCAUUAGCAUUACCUCUUCAGGAAAGCUUGCGGAAAAUGAGAGCACUUUGCCCUCAGCUAAAGAAUUAUCAAGUUUCAGUUGCGGUAUGAAAGCAAAUGAGAAGAAUACCAAAUCCAAAACGAGGAGCCUGUUAAAGAGGAUGGAAAGCCUAAAAAUAAAAGGAUCUCAUCAUGGGAAAAGUAAAGCUCCUUCAAAGCUGGGCCUGAUAAUCAGUGGUCCAAUUUUGCAGGAAGGUGUGGGUGAAGAGAAAUUAAAGCAACUUAACUGUGUAGAGAUUUCCACUCUCAAUGGCAACCACAUCAACUUCCCCAUGGUACGCAAAAGAAGCGUUUCCAAUUCCACACAGACCAGCAGCAGCAGCAGCCAGUCAGAGACAAGCAGUGCAGUUAGCACUCCUAGCCCCAUCACAAGGACACGUAGCCUUGGUGCCUACAAUAAGCGUGUCGGGAUGUAUCUAGAAGGCUUUGAUCCUUUCAACCAAUCAACAUUUAAUGAUGUCAUGGAACAAAACUUUAAAAAUAGAGAGAGCUUUGCAGAAGAUACUGUCUUUUUCAUCCCUGAAGACCACAAACCUGGAACGUUUCCUAAGGCACUCUCCAAUGGUAAUUUUGCUCCAAACUACUCCAAGAGUAGUUCAGUGAACUGGAGAACAGGAAGCUUCCAUGGACAUGGACAUCUUUCUCUCCGGCGUGAGAACAGCUCUGACAGCUCCAAAGAUAUGAGCAUAGGAAAGAGACGCAAUUCCUCCAGUUCAAUGUGCAGUCGCCUCAGCAUUUAUGACAACGUGCCAGGUUCCAUAUUAUAUUCUAGCACAGGAAACCUGGCUGAUCUGGAGAAUGAGGACCUUUUUCCCGAGCUUGAUGACAUCCUGUAUCAUGUCAAAGGCAUGCAGAAAAUUGUGAACCAAUGGUCAGAGAAAUUUUCUGAUGAAGGAGACUCUGAUUCAGCUUUAGAUUCAGUUUCUCCAUGCCCUUCAUCUCCCAAGCAAAUCUUGCUAGAUGUGGACAAUGAUAGGACCAUGCCCAGUGAUCUUGACAGCACAGGAAAUUCGUUGAAUGAAACAGAGGAGGCUGUAGGAAUCCAGGAAAGAAGGGAUUCUGGGGUGGGGGCAUCACUAACACGCUCUAACAGGCACAGAAUGAGGUGGCAUAGCUUUCAGAGUUCCCAUCGACCCAGCUUAAGUUCAGCCGCCUUACAGAUUGACUGUCAGUCCGUUGCACAGAUGAACCUGCUGCAGAAAUAUUCUCUCCUGAAAUUAACUGCACUCUUGGAGAAAUACACACCUUCCAACAAACAUGGUUUCAGCUGGGCUGUGCCAAAGUUUAUGAAAAGGAUAAAAGUGCCAGAUUAUAAAGAUCGAAAUGUGUUUGGAGUUCCCCUAAUAGUUAAUGUCCAACGUACCGGGCAACCUCUUCCUCAGAGCAUUCAACAAGCUAUGAGAUACCUUCGUAACAACUGUUUGGAUCAGGUUGGCCUUUUCCGAAAAUCUGGAGUCAAGUCAAGAAUCCAGGCAUUACGACAAACGAAUGAGAAUGCAGUAGGCAAAAUGAAUUAUGAAGGGCAGUCUGCUUAUGAUGUGGCUGAUAUGCUGAAGCAAUAUUUCCGCAACCUGUCAGAGCCUCUCAUGACCAACAAGCUUUCAGAGACUUUCUUACAGAUCUACCAGUAUGUGCCAAAAGACCAGCGUCUCCAGGCAAUCAAGGCAGCCAUUAUGCUUCUACCAGAUGAGAACAGAGAAGUCCUACAGAUUCUUCUCUAUUUUCUGAGUGAUGUCACAGCUGCUGUGAAAGAAAACCAGAUGACGCCAACAAACCUGGCAGUGUGUUUAGCACCUUCUCUUUUCCACCUGAACACUCUUAAAAGAGAAAGUUCUUCUCCAAGGGUAAUGCAGAGGAAACAGAGUCUGGGAAAACCGGAUCAGAAAGACUUAAAUGAGAAUUUGGCUGCAACCCAAGGCCUAGGCCACAUGAUUGCUGAGUGUAAGAAGCUUUUUCAGAUCCCAGAAGAAAUGAGCAGAUGUCGGAAUUCUUAUACAGAACAAGAUCUUAGGCCUCUCAGCUUAGAGGACUUGGGACGAAGCAACAACUCAGAGUCUGCUGAAUAUCAUUCUUAUAUCCAGGACUGUAUGGAUGAUUUGUUCAAGGAAAUCAAGGAUAAAUUUAAGGGCUGGGUCAGUUGUCCCACUUCAGAACAAGCAGAACUCGCCUAUAAAAAGGUUUGUGAAGGUCCACCUCUGCGGCUAUGGAAAUCCGUUAUAGAAAUCCCUGUGGCUCCUGAAGAAGUAUUAAACCGUAUCAUUAAAGAACAGCACCUUUGGGAUGAAGAUCUUUUAGAUGCUAAAGUAAUUGAGACUUUGGAUAGCCAGACUGAUGUUUAUCAGUUUGUACAAAAUAAUAUGGCACCACACCCAGCAAGAGACUAUGUCAUCCUCAGGACUUGGAGGACCAAUCUCUCUAAGGGAGCAUGUGCACUUUUAAGCUUCUCUGUGGACCAUGACCGUGCACCUGUCCUUGGUAUUAGAGUGAAUGUGCUGUUAUCCAGGUAUCUUAUUGAACCUUGCGGAACAGGAAAAUCCAAACUAACCUAUAUGUGUCGAAUUGAUUUAAGGGGGCACAAGCCUGACUGGUACACAAAAGCUUUUGGGCACUUGUGUGCAGCUGAAGUUGUGAGGAUUAGAGACUCUUUCCUUAAUCAAAAUCUUGAGGCUAAGGAAGCAACAUCCAGGUGAUGGAUCAAGUGGAUCAGCGCAGCACCAGCCUAUGUAGAGGUUUUCAGGAAAGGUUGAUUUUCUGCCCCAGGAUGGGUCAUAUACCCAUUAAGUUUUGUCCUGAAGAGAAACUUUCUGGAAUAGGUCUGAGAUUGUCCAUCAAAAUUCUGUGACAACCUGAUGCAUUUUUAAAGCUGCUUUUGUGCCUGCGUUAGGCCUAUAGUGUAGGUCUUAACUGGAAUAUUAUGGAUGGUGCAACUUUUUUUUUUUUAAGGUAAGAUUAAUGUUGCUUAGGUGCUGUGAAUUGCUUCUGAGAAGCAAAGCUCUAAGACUUAAAUAUAUUUCUGGAAUAUAGUGAAAAUGAUUCAUUCCUAUAUAAUGUUAACUUUAUGUAUGUAUCUGUGUGUCAUUUGCUGAGGGACUGUUGCAGCCACUGGAUUUGGUAUGUCCCUCAAUGGAUUCUCACUAAAGUAAGUGAAGGAAGGUUUGCACGAAGGCAGAGAUGUGAAUGACUAACUUGUUGACUGGAGUAUGAAGAGCCAGAAUGGUAGAAUCAGAGUGUCAGGUACACUUGGAAGGAAUUGGGAAGAAUGUAACACGUGGGAAAAGAAUCAGCCUAGAAUCCUAUUGGUCCAAGAGACCAUUACAAGCUUCAGGUCUUCACUCCUAUGAGUUGUUAUUACUCAUAUGUAUAUCUAAAAAUUGAAAAAUGUGGGCUGUAUCAGGCAGGGCAAAAAAAAUGGUGAAAAGCAGAACGCUUGAAAUUGAUGGGGGGGGGGUUAAGUUAUUUAAAUUGCCAAAUACACUUCAACGUGUGUCUUUCGUAUGACAGUAAUUUUGCAUGUGUUCCUCUAUGAAAGCUCCGAGAACUACAACUUUUCAUAGCUUCCUUAUGAGGAUACCUAUAGGGGCACGUGCUUGCCAUGGCUGGACUUCAUAUUAUACUUUCUGAACAAUAAGUUCAAGAGCAUCUCAAAAAAAUGUGAAUGAAGUGCCAGCCCCAGGAAGUCUCUCCAAGUCUGAGUAUCUUGGAAAGAACAAGGCAAUGAUCCUGAUAUAUAGGAUUCCAAGGGAAGAGAUGAUUUGGAGUGUGUAUGGGCACUCAUGUAGCACCUAAUCUUUAAAGAAGCUGUGUUUUUUUCUUGGAUGCACUUGGUUGUCCACAGCUGCAGCAGAAGUCCAAGAAAAGUCACCUUUGGUUUCAGGCAGUGCCAGUGCUUCAUGUGUACCGACAUGGUCCCCAAAUCCCUUUUCCUAUACCCUAUCCUUUUAAUACACACUCACCUGUUAAGAUGCAAAUAGAAGCCUUAACAGUCAUCUUUGUUUAAUUAGUAUCAUAGGAAUAAAUGCUUGUAGUUUGGGAACAGGGCCGAAACUGCUUUCAGUAGCUGAAAAGGGCAGCACUGGAAAAUGUCAUAACUGGAACAUUAUGAAGUUCUAAAGUGAUUCAGUAAUAGUGGAUACUCUUAGGAGUUAAAGAUGUUCAUAUAUCCCAUUCCAUUGUAACCAUAUAACCUCAUUUACUGACAUGGUUUGGAGGAAAAUAUCCCCCAAAUUUAGAAGCAAUGUAGUUGGUAAUGUAAUAUUCUUGCCACAGGAUUAUAUGACAUAAUGCAAAGAACUGCAGGUUAAAAUAAACAGAUUAAAAUUAUCAAGAGUUCUAUUGUGAACUUUUUACAAGACAUCCCAGAACUACAAGCUGGAGCAGCCAGGAUAGCAAUAAUAAAUGAAGAUAUCUAGGAAGAUACAUGUAGGAUGUUGUUGUUUUACCUGUCUAAAAACUAUAGAUUAACUUAUCUGGUGGAUUUUGGGCGGGGGGAUCUAAUUAUUAUUUUGCAUGUAAUAUUUGUCAACCUUUUCCACACAUUUUCAUAUGCAUUAUAUAUUAGUAAGGAAUCUUUUUAAAAACCUUUAGAGAAUGACCUUGUUUCGGUGAUAGAUUUCACUGUAAAACAACAAAGGACAGAGAAGAUAAAUGCUGUCCUUCAUUGGCUGUUGUGAAGAAGAGAAGAGAAAAGAAAAGCCCAUGCCGUUAAAUAACAGCGCUGUUUUGUAAUUCAGGGCUGGACCUAGCCCAAAAGUAGGACUUCAUCUCUUGCUGUGAAUCUAGUCCCCGCCCCCACUUCCCAAAUCUGCUGUGGUGCCCCAUUAUAAAAAUUAUAGUUUGAUUGGCAGAGACACGGUUCAUGCAGAGAUGCACUGAAUCAGUGUCAGGUGUGAAUGAUACGAAAUAAAAUGAAAGGUGUGCUUGAAAUAAAGUCAUUGUACAGAUCCAUUUGAAUAAUUUGUGACUGCUAAAACCAGCCUUUUAGCCUUCCUUUCUCCCAGCCACAAUAGCCGUAAAUUACUGCCAAGAGGUGUGUUGUAACCAAAGAUUAUGUGAAAUUGGCAGUUGGUAUAUCUUGUUCAUUCAGAAGAGACCUGUGCAAUUUCCACAUGGCCUUCUUUCCCAGCCUCGGGACAGUGGCAUGUUUAGAAGGAACUCUUAGAUGCCAUUGACAGUAUUAUGUUUUUUAUAGAUUGUUUGAGAUGACUUUGGAGAGUAUUAGGAAGAGUUCUGCCUAAUUCUGCAACUGUACUAGUGCCCCACUGGGUUGCUUGUGUCUCUAUUUUUUCCUCUUUGUUCAAACUACAAGCAGUGUUAUGUAGAUGCAAAACUCAGGCUUACACAGAUUCACAGAGAAGGACUAUAUGGUCGGUUAGGGUGCUUCCUUGAAUCUGUUUCAGAAGACAGUGUCCUUCGUGAUGUUCCUCUCAUCGGGACAUAAAUGCUUCUCCGUUCACCCAGAAGUGAAUACUUACAAGGGACACCACCACCCAGAAUCAAACACAGACUGGUACCAACCGUUUCAGGUAAACUGGGGGCGGGGGGAGCGGGCCGAGGGGCAGGAGCUGUUCUAAGUCAAAUGCUCCCAUUAGCUGCUUUUCCCAGUGUCUUGUGCUUCAGAUGUAUGAAGCUUAACCUUAGACUGUAAGGCAGUCUUCCCUGAUCUGAUGCCCUUCAAUUGCCCAUUGUAUCUGGAGGACAACAGGUGAAUAAAGACAGCAUUACUCUUAGCCUUAGAAACCCUGGCAAUCAUUCCACUGGUGUCAUUGUAAAAUGUAUUGCCAGGUGAGGGUGUUAGGUAUUGUGAC